GACACAUUAAAUACCCAUGGCUCCGGUUAACGAAAUGUGGAUGAAGAAAUUGUAAAAUAUAUGUAAAAAAAUAAUUUAAAAAAAUAAAAAAAAUUGUAUAAAAAAUAAUUUUAAAUCAAAGUUAAAAAUAUAUAUAUUGAAAAAUAAAAAUGGCAGAACGGAAGAAAUCGCAGGCGGCCGGUGACGCACCAGAUAAAAAAGAUGGAAAGUCUAAAACAAAAGUCGAAACGCCUCCCGAGCCGGAGGAAAUACCAAAGACGGUUUCGCAAAUAGCACAAGAGGAAGCGGAAUAUAGGUCUAUGCUCCGUAAGCAAAGGUUUAAGCGUCGGUGGCCCGAGGUCACCAAGGUGAAGAUACACACCAGGCCAUGGUUUCCCCCACCACCGCCCGAGAGGAUGCCAAGGAUAAUGAUAGAUCUGCCGGAACUGGUGACACGCAAGUGGGUUCCGCCGUACCUCAAGAAGAAACACCGAAAACGGAAGUUGCCAAGGAUUCCACCUGAAGAAAUAACUCAGCCGCUUUAUGAAUAUGCUAAGCUGAAAAAGAUCUGGCACAACUUUGGCCAAGUAGACAGGAAUAAGAUGAUGCUGCAAGGCAGCAUCGGCUGCAAUUCUAAGAAAUAUUCAUCCACUACUUGCGGUGCCCAAACCGCCUGCAUAGCGGUUGUAUGUAGGGCUCUUCUGGAAGAAAAAACGUCCGCUGAUCUUGUUAAGCGAGAUGUAGAUGACUUAAUUGAAUGCGGUGAUAGCUAUUACAGACAAUGCAUGCUGGCUCUUAAAUGUUACAAAGGAAAACCCCAGUUGCAGCUGAAUCAGCUUCUGACAUCUUUUUUCUUCGAUGACAAUAAAUAUACGGUCAAAAUGGUGGAAACUGAUCGGGGCCUGUUGGCCAAACAUCCCGACAAUAUACAGUCUGAACCCGAUUUAAUGGCUCUGAUGGAAAAGCGGGUAGGUACAUCCUACAUGAUGAUCUUGACCGCUGGUGAUCGCCACUUCCUCAUCUGGGGCUACCCUCCAGACCCUGAGUCUGGCAGCCAGGUGAAGACGAUAUGCUACAUCUUUGACCCUCACAUGCUGAACGAAGUGGGUCAACCCCAUAAGCUGUUUGGUGCUGGAGCGUUCUUGAGAUACGCGGGAGUGACGUCUUUUGUUCUCGAUUUUCUCGCCAAUUACGGAGAUUUGGAUGCGGCGAAACAAGGCACUCCGAAACCAGGUCUUGCUCUGACUAGUAUUGAGGUAGUCCAAAAGGAACCUUUGAUCCGUGAGCCAAAUUACGAGUUGGAUCUGAAGGCGCUCAAAACUCACUGUGACAGUGAGUGGCAGAGUCUACAUACGAACGCACUCAUUGAGAAGAAGAUGAAAGAGGGGAAAUAUCCUCAAUGUUCACUGAGUGCCGUCAGUUUAGCUACGUCGAGGGCUACAUCUAGGAAGAAAGUUAGAGAUUUUUAUCAGAAGAUGCCGAAAGAGCCACCCCCUCAGUUGCCUCUCGCCCCGGAGCGUGGUCCCCCCGCACUCACACAGGAUCAGAUCAUGCAAAUGAGAGGAGAGAACUUCUUUCUGUACUGUCCCAGAUCGGACGGCCAUUCAUACGGAAGGGAUGACAUGCUGCCUCGGCCCAAGUCGGAGAUCGUGCUGCACAGCGCCGUGGAGGUCGCGGACCAGAACUUCCACUCACAGUACCAGCAGUUGGACGUGGGCAAGUGGCUGCUGAGAGGAACACGACACAUGGCCAGCUAUCGGUAUCAGACGUUCAAGACGUACACCGGUAUAGCGUGUUGCGUGUCGGCGCUGGCGAUGCUGCGCCGUCUGCGGGCGAGGGCCUGGAACGAGGAUGUAGUGGACGAGACACUGGAUCUAGGAUAUAACCUGUACAGGGAAUCCCUAGUGGAGAGAGGAGGUCCUAUCAGACGACUGGUUCUUGGAGAACUGAAGGAGAAUUUUAGGAUAAGGGAUAAAGAAUACAAGCGUAAGGAACGUGGUAUCGCAGUCUGGGGUAAACUACUUUCCAAUAACCCGAAGGUGUUUGAUCUCUGUCGAGGUCUAGACAGCUUCUUCAAGGAGUCGGAUGCAGGGGUGCUACAGAUUCCAGGUGAACUGGAAACAGCGAUAUGGAAUGAGGGGGGGAAAUAUUACGUGUACCAUCCCUGGCCCUGUGACAGAUAUGGAUAUAAGGUAGGGCUCCGUGAAGGUGGGAAAGCGACCGUCCUCUACUUCGAUCGCGUGUCCCGUCUGUGUGAACAUUUCCUCGAGAGCGUGGCUGAUCUCAAACGGAAGCCGUUCAGCAUAGCCGACGUGUACAUCACCGAGACGGGGGACAUGCCGGAACCCAUCAAUAAAUUAAAACCGGUGGCUCCAAACCGGUGGGUUAUCCGAGGUCGUUUCCACGAGGCGGACGAACGGUUCCCGGAGCAUCACCGGGGCAAGCAGGCGACACCAGCUUCGAUCGCUGCUAUAGCCAUGGCCCAUAUAGUGGAGCCGAGUGCUUGGACAGCUGACGAUAUUGAUGAGUCGUUGGUGAGAGGAGACAUUCUGUACGAGAGCACUAUGGAACACCUGGAGCGUAUGGGCAUCAAUCUGGAGACGCCGCAGGCCGAAGAGCAAGGUGAAGAAGAGGAAAAGGUGGCCAGUGGAACCCUCGCGGCCGCUGAUGUGAUGAAUAAAUUCAGGAUAACUGAUUACGAUUGUAUUGAAACCGAUGUUAUGGACAGUCCAUUGAGUGGUGAGCUGAAUGCCGUUCCCGGCUCCGGGAUUCUGUCCCUCAAGGAUUCCAUCAACCAUAUGUUCAAAGAAUACUCGCACGGAGUGUUGACAGCUCGCGGUGGCUCCGUCGGAAUCUGGAGACACGAUGAUAGCUACUACUUCUUCGAUCCUCAUGGCUGUGAUGAGAAUGGCUAUCCUUCGGACGAGCCGCGCGCUGCUGCUUGCCUAGUGAGGAUCAAGGGUACUGCUAAGGAUCUAGCGGACGUGAUCCUCGGCAACCUACCACCUGGGAACGACGACAGCUUCAAUCUUUCGCCAGUGAUGGUGGCGGCCAGUAAGCUGAAUACUGACCUAGGGGCUCCUGAGACUAAGCUGGAGAGCAAAGCCUUUGAAUGGAUCUCCAAAGGCACGGCCGCCAUAAUGAUGGGACCCAGGGGAGAGAACACCGCAAUUGGGAAAGCGGCGGAGAAAGCCGGCAUUGGGGAGGAGGAUAUGGCUGGUAUUACCAUAUCGCUUCCGGCUGCGGCCGCCUUCGCUGCCGCCAGUGAGUCGGUACCACCACCUCACAUGCACCAGGACCACAUGUAUAACUUCCUGGACGCCGGAGUGGAGUAUUAUCUAAACCAUGUGAAAAAGACCGGUCGGAAGACUAUUGAGCCAGAAGACCUGACGGAGAAGUUUGAGAUGGGGGCGAACACCUUCUCCAUAGAACUAGAAGAACCUGUACGAUUACCGCUGAGAUUGCCUGAUGAAGCGGCUGGGGAGGGUGGCGAAGAAGAAGGUGGAGAUAAGGAAGACACUGGAGAAGAAUUGGAGGAAGAAGAAAAAGAGGAACCUAUGAAACAGAUAAAAGAUGCGCUGUUUAAGUCAUGGAACGAUCACACCAAGCCCUCGUCAGUGUAUCUACUGGUGGGGGACUAUCACAGGAUGGGGGUGUGGAUGUCGGCAGGAGGGCAGGUGGUGGCCUUCGACCCCGCGCCCACGAUGGCCAAAGGAAUGUUGACCAGCCAGAGAAUUAAGAAAGGUGACGAGAUUCGCCUUCAGCGUAUAAAGGACGAGAUGGCUGGCGAAGGAGGCGGCGCUGGUGAAGAAGAAGAUGAAGAAGCUGGAGGAGAGGGUGAAGAACAGCCAGAACCGGAGCCGGAUUUCGUCCCCCCGGAGUCGUGUCCCGCGCUGAUGGUGUGCUCCAGCCCGGGAGAGUUUAUCGACAGGCUCACUCUCCAAGGUGGUCUAGACAAGAAGCAGUGUCUAGCUCCAUACAAGCUGUACCCGGUGAAGGUGAUCAACGAACUGACAUCAGUCCUUAAAGAGAGGAAACCCGGAGCUGCUAAGGGAACUGAUGAAGAUGCUGAAGAUGAGGAAGAAGGGGAUGUUCUCAUUGAGCCGCUGGACGACUCAGCCAUCGGCACGUACUUCAACAGGAUCGGACGAACAGUGGCGUCGGUCCGGGGACGGGUCGCCCAAAACGAGAACUACUUCCUGGACGAGCCCAACAGAGACAACCAGGACGCAGCGAACGCGGUGAUGGGCAUCGUGGUGGAGCACAUAGAGCCUUAUAUCCACUGGAAGCCACAGUUGUUGGACGCCAUCCUGAAGUACGGUGACAGAUACUACACCUUGUCUCUACCCGGAGCCAGCAAUCCACCAAAACUGAAAGCCAGCGAGUUGCAGAGUCAGUUUCACGUCACCAGCUUUAACGUAAAAGUGGAAGUGGAACAGGAUGUGGUGUGCGGAGACAUCCGGGCGGCUGGUGGUGGAGGAGCUCUCAGUCUGAACAGAGGACUACAGAAGUUCUUUGAAACUUACAAGUACGGCGUGCUGUGCGCCAAAGAAUACUGCGUGGGCAUCUGGAAGGGGGCCGAUGAUAAGUCUAUAUGUCUGUGGGAACCUCACGCUGUGGGUCCCGGAGGCCUCGCGUCUCCCGGAGGGGCCGCGGCUUUGGUGGUCAUGUCGACAACAGACCAAGUGGCUAAUGCGUUUAAAUCCACGAUGGAGAAAUUAGCAAGACCAGGCUCCAAUAAAUUCUGUAUAUCAGCGGUGAAGGUGUUCUGGGAGCUAUCCAAGACUCCUGGCUCCGUGUCACCGCAGGGUGCUGUUCCUGACGAGGGUUACGAGUGGAAGGUGUUGACGGCUUACGUUGAAACAGCCAGAGGAAGAACAAUACUACGAGGGUCGAGACCUCCAGAUUUACUCCGGUUCACUCGUGACGCGCUGCUCCAGUCAGCGUGCGGCGCUGUCGCUGCUCUGUGUAUGUCUCACGUGCGUCGUCCUCAUCUCUGGACUCGGGGUACCGUGGACGAGCUGAUGGCCAUCGCCGGGUCUCUGUUCGCGAGUUCAGUCGCAGCGCUCGGGUAUGAGUUCCGUCCAGGGGAGGACGUGCUGUUGCCGCUGCAGGUGGUGAAGAGGUUCGUUCUUGGCGUCAACUACGUGCGCUAUGACUUGCAACAGAUAUAUUCUGGAAAAUUGGAACAAAAGGAACCGACUGUGAUGACCGUGAGAUGUGCUCUCGAGCGUUUCUUCGAGUCCCACACCCACGGUGUCCUUUGGUCAGUGCCACACGCGGUGGCUGUGUGGAGGGUCGCGGGCGCUCCGCCUUUCUACAUGAUGGAGCCCCAUGCUUGUGGCCCCACGGGUCUGCGUGUUGACGCUCAGGACGAUGGUGCUGCCUGCGUAUUAACUUUCACAUCAGCGAAGCUUAUGGCCUUUGCCUAUCUCCAGAACAUUCCGGUGACCGAACGCCCCAGGCACGACUUCCAACUGUAUGCGAUGUCUGUGACGGUGCAGCCUAUAAAGAAGCUGGGAGGUGUGGAGCCGCCGCUGGUGCGAGCGCCCCCAGGAAUAAAACUGGUACCCGCUACGAGCAAGGUGGGUAUAGACGGCAGCAAGAGAAGAGCCGCGGAGGGAGACCGGAAACACCCGCCGGGGAGCGCGACUUGUAUCGACGCCCAAAGGGCCUCGGAGAAGAGAGACAAGGAGGAGGGGAAACUUAAAGGUCAGCGUAACACGAGCGGGUGGUUGGUCCUCAACGACGGCACUCAGUUCCUCUCCGCCCAGCACUCGAUGUGCUGCCGCAAGUUCCCUUACGCCUCGCGAGGACACCAGGCACUGGCGUGUGCUGUGAUGUCUGUGGCCAUGUCUCGUGUGGAGGAUGUGUGCCGUUGGUGCUCGUCGACCUUAGACCAGAUCCUGGAGGCUGGAGAUCAGCUUUACCAGGACAGCUACCUGCACUUUAAACCACAUGGGCCUAUACUUAACAUCGAACAGGUACUUCGCAAGUUCUAUACGCCUGGUAACUGUGUGUGUCGGGUCGUGGUGUACCAGCCGAGGCAAAAGGGGGUGGUGGACACCGACCUGGUGACGCAGCUGACGGAGUUCUUCCGCGAGGAGAAGUGUGGAGUCCUGGUUGCGGGUAAGGGAGACUUCGCCGUAGGACUAUUCAGAACACCCAGAGGUUUCUACAUGUUCGACGCCAGUGACCGUGAUCGUUACGGCCGAGCGGUCGCUCCGCCCUGUCGGGGCAGAGCCCGGGCCUGCUUCUCCCAGUACCCUAAUGUUUUGAGUUUGGCGGAGAAACUGGGUUCAAAUAUACCACCGGUGAUGGUCACGACACAGGAUGACAAUGAGAAAACUGAGGGCGACACAGCGAAUGUUGAAAAUGAAGAGAAAGAGGUUAAGUUUGAAGAACCGGCAGGGUUCAUGAUCUUCGGCAUGGAGGUCACCAGCCUGCGAAGACUCAACCGACACGAAAAGUGAAGGAAAAUCAUUAUUAAUACUAACGCCAUCUGUUGUCGAAACUAUACACUGAGGUGGUGCCAUCUAGUCGCUAGAGUUGUGAAUUAUUAUCAAAAUAGUAACCUCCGUUAUUUUUGGUGCCAAAUUGUCGUGUCUUGUAAGCCACAUUUCGUUUAUUUGGAACAUUAAAAAAAAUUGAAUA